GUAGCUGCAAGUGCUAAGUGGAAGGUUUCCGUUAUUCAUUCCGAACUUGAGGCUUCGACCACUCAACAACCCGCCACUUAUAAACUAACCGUUCAACGAAACUCGCUCUUCUCUCUCUCUCUCCCUUGCAUUCGCUUUCUCUCUGUGACUCGUUACUUCCUUCCAUUUUCAUUUGUUGCAUCCAUCAAUGGCUCCAGGGGACGCGGAUUCAUUCAUCGAUAAAAAUGAAGAGAAAUUUCACGACAACAACUCCGAUUCCGAUUCAUAUUCGGAUUCCUCCGACGACAACAAGAAAAGGCCGCCGGUUACGGCAGCUAAAUCCAACAGGACCAACGCUGUUUACCGCCUCUUCGGUCGCGAUCGUCCCGUUCACAAGGUCUUAGGCGGUGGAAAACCUGCUGAUAUUUUACUAUGGAGGAACAAGAGAUGCACGGGAAUGGCACUUGGUGCUGGCACUGCCUUGUGGGUUUUCUUUGAGUUGCUGGAAUACCACCUCAUUACUCUUGUUUGCCAUUUAAUGAUUUUGUCUCUUGGAGCCCUUUUCUUGUGGUCUAAUGCAUCUGUCUUUAUCCACAAGUCUCCAAUGCAAAUCCCACAUGUUUCAGUUCCUCAGGAAUGUGUUCUUGAGGUUGCGUCUGUUCUGAGAGUUGAAACCAACCGAGUAGUCACUGCUUUAAGGGAAAUUGGAACUGGGAGAGAUAUUAAGAAGUUUCUUUCCGUUGUUGCUGGAUUGUGGGUUAUCUCAGUUGUUGGGAGCUGGUUCAGUUUCUUGACAUUGUUCUAUUUAUUCUUUGUAUCACUGUUCACAUUGCCACUGCUAUACGAGAAAAAUGAAGACCAAGUCGAUGCACUAGCUGAGAAGGCAAUGAUCGAGAUCAAGAAACAGUAUGCAGUUCUUGAUGCUAAGGUUUUGAGCCAGAUACCAAUCGCGGGGUUCAAGAAGGAUUAGAAUACAUCAUCUAUAUGUCAGGUUAUUGUUAACAGAGGAUGACUGUUUUGUUCAGAUGUUAAAUUUUUAAGUCUUUAGUGCUUCUCCUCUUCCUCUUUUGAUUUAUUGAGUGAAAUAUAGUAUGAGGAAUAAAAGUCCACCUAGUCUCAGCAUUAUUUUUAGGAUUGUCUUGAAUUCUUUAUGAGUAGCCUUAAAUUACAUAUCAAAACAAACAUUUUAUUGUAUACAUUAACUUGAUGAACGUGUACCCCAUGUCAUCAAAUGAAGUGCUUGUCAUGUUCAAUUUA